AUGAAGUCUGUCCUCUGUGUUGUUGCAUUUUCUACUCUCGCAGUCUCCUCUGUGAUUCAGCAGUCUCCUGAAAGUAGGAAACCACUUGUGAGCUCAGCAGCCCUAGAACAUGAUAUAACUUCAAAGAACCUCUUCAAGCGUGCCAAGCAACUGUACAAAAUCGCAGAGCUAGGUGUCGAGGAGUAUGGCCAUCCUACCAGAGUGAUUGGCAGCAAGGGGCAUGUUGGAACCGUCGAUUAUGUACAAAACACGCUUUCCAAGCUUGCACAUUAUUACGACGUUUCAAAUCAGACCUUCGAGGCUGUGACCGGCAAUAUUUUGAAUUCUAGUCUUACCUUGGGGGACGACCUACUGCCGGCCUCUGCCAUGUCACUCACCCCUCCUACCAAGGACAAAGCACCAGUCAAUGGUCCUUUAGUGCUUGUUGCCAACCUGGGAUGUGAUGAAUCGGACUAUCCAGCUAACACAACUGGCUCGAUUGCUCUCAUCAGCCGCGGGGAAUGCCCAUUCGGCCAGAAAUCAGCCAAUGCUGGAAAAGCUGGAGCACUUGCCGCUGUCGUCUAUAACAAUAUUGCAGGGAACCUCUCUGGGACUUUGGGACAACCGGAAGCUAAUCAUGUCGCCACUUUUGGAAUCACUCUUGAGGAGGCACAGCCGUAUAUCACCGACUUGAAGGCUGGGAAGGACAUCCCGGCCUCGGCAUACAUCGAUGCCAUUGUGAAGGUGGUCGCAACAACUAAUGUUAUGGCACAAACUCGGGGAGGAGACCAAGACAACUGUGUGAUGUUGGGCGGCCACAGCGAUAGUGUUACCGAAGGUCCGGGAAUUAACGAUGAUGGAUCAGGAACUAUUGCAUUAUUGGAAAUCGCCGUCCAUCUAGCCAAGUACAAAGUCAACAAUUGCGUUCGUUUCGCAUGGUGGGCCGCCGAGGAGGAGGGUCUUCUAGGCUCCGACUACUACGUGUCGCAAUUAUCAGAGGAGGAGAACCUAAAGAUCAGACUCUUCAUGGAUUACGAUAUGUUGGCCUCACCCAACUUCGCAUAUCAAGUCUACAAUGCUACCAAUGCCGUCAACCCCGUCGGAUCGGAAGAGCUGCGAGAUUUGUAUACGGAUUAUUAUACCGCUCAUGGUCAAAACUUCACGUACAUCGAAUUUAACGGACGAAGCGAUUAUGAUGCGUUUAUCGUUGCUGGCAUCCCUGCCGGUGGUAUCGCCACUGGAGCUGAAGGCGUCAAGACGGAAGACGAGGUAGCAUUGUUUGGAGGAACUGCUGGAGAUUGGUACGAUCCGUGCUACCACCAAUUGUGCGAUGAUUUGACCAACUUGGCAAUCGACGCGUGGGAAUUUAAUAGCAAGCUUAUUGCUCACUCGGUAGCAACUUAUGCUAUAUCUUUCGACGGUUUCCCCAAACGCAUAAAGACACCAGGGGUGAAGAGGAAUAAACUUCGCCAAAGUAAUUAUCUAUAUCACGGCCCAGAUCUUGUCAUGUAG